ACGCGUGUUGUUGCCAAACAGUGAAAAGCUUUGUAAAAAUGCGUGGAUCUAUACCGGAUCGGUGGCUUGCCUACAGCUGCUACGGCAGGACCCUCAUAAAUAAGUUCGUUGCCCUGAAGGUGCCACUGUCGAGCCGACGUACUGCUGUUCCGUCAGGCAUGCGAUUUACACCCGAGGACGCCGUGAAACUGUUCCCGUUCGGGUUGAUUAUUGAUCUUACCAACACAAAUCGUUACUACGAUCCUCACGAUUUCACCUCGCGGGGUGUCGAUCACGUAAAAGUAGCCGUGCCUGGAAAGCAGACACCUAGUGAACGCAUAGUCAAACGGUUCAAUGAUGUAGUGAAUGGCUUUUUGAAUGAUCCCAACAGCAAUGGGAAGCUGAUAGGUGUGCACUGUACCCACGGCCUGAAUCGUACCGGCUAUUUAGUUUGUGCGUAUAUGAUCCUGGAACUGGGCUAUAAUCCGAUGGAUGCGAUAAACUUGUUCAACGACUACCGUGGCCACAACAUGGAACGGCCAAACUAUCUGCAAAGUUUGCGCAGUAUGGUACCGAGGAGGAACGCCGGUGGGCCGAGAGGGCACGGUGUGGUACCGCGGCGACACGAUAUUCAAUCUUGGCGACUUAAAAAAAGAUCACCUUCCUGCGAGGUGCAAGGCAGAGCGGUGAGGGCGCAAGAAAGGAUAAACUGGCGACAGGAUAGGACGCAUCAGCAGCACAAUUUCGGACCGAGGAGAGAUUAUGUUGAAGCUAGGCAGCAGCACGGCCCACGGCCGUACGAUAGGGCACAGUAUAGGUACGAUGAUAAUUACCACCGAAAUUCGCAGCGUUCACCGGACCAUGGGGAAAGAUAUGAUCCCGCGAUCAGACGCGUUGUCCGUUCCCGGGAACAUAACUUCCGAACGCCAGCUCAUCGGCAUCCGGCAGCACACGAAAAAGUAAAACACAUAAGGUUUGAAUGAGCUCUAGAAUGUUUUGCAUUAAGAGUGCAGACAAUUUUCAUUUCGGUUUCCGCUGGGUUACAUAAACUUAAAAUUAAUAUGAUCAAUGACGUGGAGAAACAAAGUAAAGAAGCAAAAAAAAACGCAAAAACACACACAACAUGACAAUACUUUCUUAACACUGGGAAGCAGGUGAAGAAGCACGAAAGAAAACUAAAAGAAAAGUGUGAAUAUCGGUGCUGCUUUUGGCUCUGGAGCUUCAAUCCACCCACAAAAUGAUGAUGAUUCGCGCGCGCGUGCACACUUGCGCGUUGCAGAAGAGAAUGAUCGUCCGUGUUGUCGCAUAAUUUCCACGAUGAUUGGCACUAUCGUUGUGCCGUUGUUGUACGCCAAGAAUGUCGAACCUACCAGUGUCACAUUCCUUUCCCGAUCGGUUGUUGUUUUGCUAACGAUUGUAUUACGCUGCCCCACGAAUCUCGAUCGUUCAUUCUUAACUUCAUUGUGGGCGCAUGGUACAGUGUGUGCCAAUUUUGUAACUCUACUAUUCGGAGCUACAGUGCGACAACAGUGGGCCUUUUUUCCUAUUAAAUUUGUUUGAUUUUAUGUUUCACAAAAUAGUUUACAUUUAAAUUCAGCACGUGUGGAUGGAAGAAGGAGUGUCUCAGCAUUGUCAAAGGAGGAACUCACGGUUUACAGGUGACUAUCUUGAAACACAAAUUUAAUCAUUAUAGUUUAAAAACCGUCCCAUCUGAUUUCUAUCAUGAUUUGAAAUUCUGAA